GCUCGUGCUUAAUUGCUCGUUUGUCGCCCCCUUCCUCUCCUUGAUACUAUUCUCUCGACUACCAUCUUCGCUCGCGGUGCUUGCAGCCCUGCCGUUGUGUCGUUCUCCGAUUCCUCUAUUGCAUGCUUUCCAAUUUGGACAAGUAUGGUCGCUUCAGUCUCGAUCUUGCCUCCACCGCGACCACCAUAGGCUUCUCUACUGCCAAAGCCUGCACCCGUCUUGGAUUCUCCAUCACGCGGGGCGUCGCGUCGACGGCUGCCGGAUUCACCGGCUCUGUCAUUGACUAUGCUUUGUUCGGAGGGACCACUGGGGCUGGUCAGCUUCUUGGAGGCGCAGUGUCUUCCGCUAUCUCUGCUGUCGAGUUCGUUGCGCUCGCCCCGCUUAUUCUCGGGGAAUCUCUCACCUCUACAUCUCUCGUCGCCGCCCAUUCUUCCUUGUCUAUGCUCACUACCAUCUUCCCCGGGAGCGACGAGGCCAGCUUCUCUCUAGCAAGCUUCGUAGGUCUCGUCCGCCGCGAGUGGAAUGAGCCUGCGGAAAGUGAAGGCCUCCCUGAAGAACGCUAUGGCCUAGGUGAGGUUCUCCGAGCACUCGCAGGCUUCGCCGCCUUGCAAGGCGUCACCAGCCGGUUCCAAGAGGAGCGCUGGUUCAAAUUCAUGAAGGAAGUUCCAGUACAUGACGGCUCGUCCUCCUUUACCCGCCGCAAACGCGUCGACUCCCGCGUCACUAUCACUGGGGACACCAUAUACCCAAGCCAUUCUGGUCAAAUAGUCACAGCUGAUAUCACAGAAGUCCCUGUCCCCGGCUCCUGGCCCCCGCGUCAAUCCACGUCCCUCCUGGCCCCUCCUCAUACGAAUCUCCCGUCGCAAGGCCCCGAAGUUGCGCCACCUAUGGAUGACCUCAAACAGACACUCCGCCGUCUUUCGAAGCUUGUUCUUGCUGGCUAUGGCGGACCAAGUCUCCUCUUCUUUGGAGUGUCGCUCACGCCGUGGCAGAAGGAGGAGCCCAAGGAGGAGGUGAAGCUCGCUGAUGCGAUUGACGCUUCCGAGAAGGAGGCCGCUGGAGAGGAUGGGCGUGGUCGAUCUAAGCCCAAGGACACUAACAUGCCUGGCGCACCAACGUACUCCUGGUGGGAUGUCCUCAUGGGCAAACACGACCACGACAUCUUCAUGCAUUGGGCACAGUUGCAGCCAACGCCUUCCAGUAGUUCGACCGAGCAGCCACCACACCCACCGCCCACUGCGCACGUUAGCUCAGAGCACCACAUUCCUCGCUUCUGGGUUCUCACAGAUCAUGUCCGGAAAGAAGUCGUUCUCGUCAUCCGUGGCACUAUGAGCUUGAAUGAACUUGCAGUCGACCUUACAUGCGAUCCAGCCCCCUUCACCCUUCCGACAGUAGAGCGCUCAUCUUCCUCUCGUGCGCGCACACCCUCCCAUCUCUCCCAGUCAAGCACGCAUCUACAACCCGAUCGCGGGGAAGAGACGUCCGAACAGGAGAAACGACAGCCGCCUCUACCUACGCACGACGAAGCCGACUCCGACGAGCUUGACGAGGAACUGGAGAACAUCCCAGGCUCAUUCCCGUUCCCGAUAGACAUCUCCGUCCCGUUCCCGCGCUCCAGGAAGAAUUCGACGCGCUCCUCGCAUGCGCCGCGCUCAAGGCUUGCAUCUGAAGCUGGAGACGAUACCGUAUACAUCGUGCACGGCGGCAUGCUGAGAAUGACACGUGCCAUGGGUGGGCCAGGGAAGCCGGUUCAUUACGCUGUCCGAGAUGCGUUGCGCAAGAAUAAGGGAUACUCACUUGUCCUGUGCGGACACAGCCUUGGUGCCGGGGUCGCCGGCCUUCUCGCACUCUUGUGGGCGACUCCUGAGACCUGCCUUACCCACAGGGCAUCUGGCCUUCCCGUGGGCCGGCGCGUCUCUGCGUACUGCUUUGCCCCGCCUUGUCUCGUCUCCCCCCGACUCAGCGCCAAAGCUGCUGCUUCCGGCUUGAUCACAUCCUUUGUUAACGGCCACGAUAUCGUGUCGCGGCUAUCGCUCGGUAGCGUGCGGGAUCUCACCCGGGGAGCGGUUUGGUUAUGUGCGGCGGAGAACAGGGACGGCGACAAGGCCGACGGGUACAGCAGCGUGACGAAGAAGGCACUCAAGUGGAAGAUGGGCAGGGGAGAGGAGGGAGAUGAGGAAUGGUUUCUCGCCAUCCGCAAGACGCUCGAAGCGAACAUGCAGAUGGCGGACCUGUUCCCUCCAGGCCGCGUGUACUGGGCACUGCGAGAUGGGGAUCUCCACCGCGCACACCAGAUCGGGACAGGCUCCGGGCGAAGCUCUCCCAAGGAGAAAGUGCGCCUGUUCGAGGUCAAGGACGUCAAGCAGGUGUUUGGACAGAUCAUCUUCGCGCGAGACAUGCUCAGCUCUCACCUCCCGCACCAAUAUGACCAGGUGCUGCAUGAGCUACUCUAAUGCCUCUAUACGUUUACUCGGUUACUCUGAUAUCUCACGUCUCCCUUGAUGACUUUGUAGCAUACCUGAUCAGCACCGUAUGAUACCUCUGCAUGCGCCACGACUGCUAUGUAUCCUCUCCCUUCGCUGUAUACCUCGUCUGUUAUCUUCACAGAGCACCCAUCAGCAUACUGUAUACACUGUCAUCGCCCUUAGAUUUCGCUUGUGCUCAUAUUCUUACAUCAUAAUGACGCAAACAUCUUGUUACUUCCGUGCACCCUAGAGCGACGCAAGGUACUCUUCGAUUACCUCCACGAUCACCUCAUGGUCCUCCUGCAUCGUCAGUCCACUAACCACGAUGACGCCCACGAUCCCUUCGACAUCCCUCACCCUAAUCGGGAAUCCUCCACCGUGGAUCGCAUACUCCCCCGCC